GGGGUUGGUGAGUCCCGGCUUCGGACCCAGACCCGACGCAGCUGGCCUGGGACCGAAGGACACGUGGUGGCUCUCGGGCAUCUAAGACGCACCUUUGAAGUUCUCUUUAAAAGAGAGUGGGGAAGAGCUCACUCCAUAAUUCCUGGGACUCGUAGUUCCAUCUUCUCAAGAAUGACUUCUGGGCUCGUGAAAGCCUAAGGAGGAUGGGGAGGCAGCGGACUACAUUUCCCAGAAGGCGCUACGCAAAGCGUGUAAAGUGUGAUCCCGGGCGGCGGGGGUUAACUAGGAAAGCCCCAGUGAGGAUGGAUGAAGAAAUUUAGGGGAGUGCAUGGGUUGGGGAUCCUUUUGACCCCCGGAUUCAGAGUGGCGGUGGCCUUAGGGCGAUGGGGUGUACGGGCGGACGAGAAGGAGGCGGGGGGAAGCUCGGGAAACCCCCGAGGCGGGACCAGAAUGGGCUGGGCAGCCGGGUACGACUGCUGCGGAGGAUUCGGGAAUGUGGAUAUUUACCAGGCAGAACUUUCCGUUAUGACCCGGCUUUUUGGCUACGUCGAUGUCACAGAUUUCAGCUUUCUGGCUGCUGUCCUCUGCAUCAUUUUCAAUCCCCUUUUCUGGAACGUGGUUGCAAGAUGGGAACACAAAACACGCAAACUGAGCCAGGCUUUUGGUUCUCCCUACGUGGCAUGCUACUGUCUGGGAACAACCGUCCUGCUGCUGAACUUCCUUAGGUCUCACUGCUUUACCCAGGCCAUGUUGAGGCAGCCGAAGAUGGAAGGGUUGGAUUGCCUAGAAGCCUAUUAUGUAGGCCUGGUCAUCCUGGGAAUCGGGAUUGUCUUUGUGCUCUCCAGCUUCCAUGCCCUUGGAUUCAUUGGGACAUAUCUAGGUGAUUACUUUGGAAUCUUGAAGGAAGCAAGAGUGACAAAAUUUCCGUUUAAUGUCUUGGACAAUCCUAUGUAUUGGGGGAGCACAGCCAACUACCUAGGGUGGUCAAUCAUGAAUGCCAGCCCUACAGGCCUCAUGCUGACCAUCAUUGUGGCUCUCACCUAUACAGUUGCCAUUGUGUUUGAAGAGCCUUUCACUGAGGAGAUCUACCGACACAAAGCUCUAAAGACGAAGAAUAAAUAACGCUGGCAGGAUUUGUGUUGGAGAAUGGGUAAUGGAAGGACUGGCCUGACUGCAUUGCUGGAAGCCAAACUUUGGCCCCUACUUUACAUGUUGGAUAAUUUCAAGUGAAAUGCUUCGUAGCCACUUGGGUCCUCAGCUCUAGCCCCUUCUCACCCCCAGGGUCAAGGCUGGUCACAUAAGGUGCCUUUUGAAACUGCUGCCUGAGGGGUGGGGAGACUGUAUUGGGCACAUGCCCGCACCCUCCUACCCCCAACCUCCCACUUCUAUAAUAAAGAAAUAGCCUAAUUCAUA